UUUGUGUGGCGGCAGAGGGCAGACCAAGGACACUAUAAUAGUCUCCUUGGGGCAGGCGCUGUCCAGUGCCCAGCCCGGCUCAGGCAGCACAACAACAGUCCCGCCACCACCACCACCUGACCUCAGCAGUGCCAGCACGGAGCCAGCACCCUGCAGACCCGCACAGCGUCCUACGAGAAGCUCUGAAGCCGCCACGAUGCGCUGGUCUCCGCCGGCACUCCUUCUGCUGCCCCUGCUGCUGGCCUGGGACACCACUUCAGUCAGCCGCGUGUGUGGGUGUAAGACUGGAGACCAUCCUAUCCAACAACCCAAUCCUGCUUCUGCUCCUGACCUGCUUUCGGCUACAAGAAAUCCCUGGAUACGCCGAGAUCAAAUCCCUCAACCUACAACUGCUGGUCCUGACUACACUGACGACCCCGAUGCCGCGUCUAGUCCUGAAAUUGAAGGAGUAGCGCUCCAGGUUGAGACGGUUCAGUUCCUUGAAGAACAUGCUGUACGUGAUUCGCAUGGCAGCGUGCGCAUUGAGGCAAUACCUGUAGCUGCGGCAAUAAGGGGCAUGAGACCACUGGACUUCUAUUUAAAGGACACACCGCUCCCGAGACGACCAGCCACACCACAUGACCACGCCAUCAUGACCACCACAUCCAGCCACACCCAAGACCACUAAUUGUAGCCACACCAACACCAAUAAUACGAGCCACACCAAACCAUGACGACCACCAAUACCAGCCACA